UAUCAAUGUCUACCAUCUUCAAGUCUUGUCCAAAUGCAUCAAUAUAAUAUCUUUCAGAUAUGGACAUUUCCCACCGAUUGAUAAUUAAGCAUGAGUUUAUGCCAGCUUCAAUGAGUUUUCAUUAAAUCAUCAAAUUUGUUUUUUUUAAAAUAAUUUCCGUGAGAUGCAAAUUAGGGUUUUCUUCGUUUUGGCACUUAGUGAUUGAUAUACAAAAGCACAAAAACUUUCAGGCCAAGAUUUGCUUUUUGCUAUGUACGUCAUGAUCCCUAUAAAGUCCAUUGAAAAAGACAUCCCUCUAUUCGUAUCUCUCACAUUUAAGUUUGAGUGGUUACAUAUUAAAAUUGCCAUAGCCAAGGAAAUGCCAAGAUUGAAUCUCAUUUUUCUUUUUUCUUUUCUCUUCAACUUGUUAAUUUUCUUCAGCAUUUUUUUUUUUUUUUAAAAAAAAGGGCAUUCAUCUGGGUCUGCUUUCAUAUUUUCAACAUAACCAUCUUUCUUUCUCUUUCCAUCUCAGCAGCAAAAUUUAACAAACCAUGGAAGUCAUCUCAGAGAAUGAAAAGCUCAUUCUUGAAGAUGGUACUUCAGGGUAUGACAGAGACAGAGAAGUGAAGCAAUUUGAUGAAACAAAAGCCGGUGUUAAAGGUCUUGUAGAUUCUGGUAUCACCAAAGUUCCAAGAUUUCUCAUCCAUCCAUCAUCAUCAUCGCCACCAAAAACUAGUACCAGCAACAUUCAUUUCCGGGUUCCAAUUAUUGAUCUUGAUGGCUAUGAGCUAAGUUUCCGACGGAUGGAAAUAGUCAGAAAAGUUAGAGAAGCUUCGGAGACAUGGGGUUUUUUCCAAAUGGUGAAUCAUGGAAUUCCAAACGCAGUCAUGGACACUGUGUUAGAAGCUUCUAGACAAUUCCACGAGCAACCGAAGGAGAUGAGGUCCGGUUGGUAUUCCCGAGAUUCACAACGAAGAGUGAGGUAUUACAGCAAUGGAGAUUUGCUGGUGUCGAAAACAGCAAAUUGGAGAGACUCGAUUGUAUUUGAUUUCCAAGAUGGUCCACUUGACCCUGAAACUUUUCCUUUGGUUUGCAAAAAAGCAGUUUUGGAAUACAUGGGAUAUAUGAUCAAGCUGCGAGAUUUGCUAUCUGAAUUACUAUCAGAAGCUCUGGGGCUAAGCAAAGACUACUUGGCAAGCUUAGAAUGCAUGAAAACUGAAACAUUGGUGUGCCAUUACUACCCGGUUUGCCCUGAACCACACCUCACAGUAGGGACUACAAAGCAUUCAGACCCAUCUUCUCUAACCAUACUCCUCCAAGACAAUGUUGGUGGUCUCCAAGUUCUUCAUCAAAAUCAAUGGGUAGAUGUUCCUCCAUUGGACCAAGCUCUGGUUGCCAACAUUGGUGACUUCAUUCAACUGAUAACGAAUGACAAGUUCAAAAGUGUGGAGCAUAGGGUACUGGCAGGAGGUGUAGGAUCUAGGGUUUCAGCUGCUUGUUUCUUCUAUCCAGGUGCUGAACAUAGAUAUAGACCAUACGGCCCAAUCAAAGAGUUUUUGUCAGAAAAGAAUCCACCAAAAUACAGAGAAACUCAUAUUACAGAAUAUCUUGCUUAUUACAAGUCAAAGGGCCUUGAUGGUAACUCGGCCCUUCCCCAUUUUAAAUGUAAUUGAUGAUUCAAUAAACGAAUCCACGUUGUCAAGUAUGAUUGACUCCCCUCACAUUCAUAUCUACCAACUUGUGAUCCUCCCUUUCAAUAAAAAUAAGAAACAAAUAAAUAAAUAAAUAAAAUCCAUGUUUUUUUUUUUUUUUAAAUCCAAAUCAGAUUUCUCUUUUUUUUUUUUUUUUUUUUGGUUGUCUUUUUGCAUUCCUUAAUUUAGAUCAGAUCGUAACCGUUAAUCAUAUUAUAUGACCGUAUGUCAUUUUUGUUAAGUUGUAAGAAUAUCAAAACCAAUAUAAAAUUAUGAUACAAGGCGUUUGAUUCCACAGUAGUUUAAUUUCCUUUGCAAACAAUUUCGACCAUUUUAAUUCAAAGAUGAAACUUCAAACGAAAGACAACCGAAUUCACGUGGAAAUCAAUAGCAAAACCCAUCAAUAGCAUCUCACACACUGUGAAGAAAUAAUAAAGCUCUUCACAGAAACAACAAUUUUAUACUCCACAUUCUAUAGGCUUCCCUCACUUCUUUCUUUUUAGGAGAUUACAAAUAAGAACAAAUCCUAAAUAUGAAAUACAGACACACUUGACUUGCACUAAUAUACAAUUGGGAAAGGAAAAAAAAGAGAGAGAGAGAGAGAGA